AUGUCUCGCCUCUCACCCUUCCCCUCCAACCUGGCAACCUUCCGCACCGAGUCCCGCGCAAGCGUCGCCGCCUCCGACACAACAUACCACACCUGCGCAUACCAAUCCUUCCACGACGUAGAGCUCUACGCCCCGAGCUCGCCGCCCUCCAAAGCCCCCGCUCCGGCACCGGCCACCACCGUCCGGGCCCCGGCGCCGCCCUCCUCCGCACACCACCAAAAACAACACCACAAGGAGCCAGAACCCGCCGAGAUGCGCCGUCAAGACUCCGGCUACGAGUCCCUCCCGCCACGCAAUUCCCUCUCCUACGCCCGUCGCACGUCCACCGCCUCCUCGUCGCAGUCCUCCUCCAACCAGCAACAGCCCCGAUCCCGCGGCCGCCCCACGAUCCGCCGCGCCCCGAAAACGAGCCCCUAUCCCACCACGGCGCGCACCAGCGGCAGCAGCCUCUACCACCCCUCCUCGCGCUCCUCGCACACGCACGCCCAGCCAGCGACCUUCUUCCACUUCCCCGCCCACCCGACGGACCUCGAGCUCGCCAACCGCCGCCGCUCGUCCCCGCGCGGCGAGGACCUCGAGCUCGACCAGCGCGGCCUGCUUUCACCAACACAGCAGCAGCAGCAGCCCGAGAGCAGCGAUGCCGCCGGUGAGGUCGCGACGCUGCCGCCGCAGGCGACGCACUACUGGACCAGCGACCGGACGCGGCGGCUCGAGUAUGCGGCCAUCGACGCCGCCAGCCGCGGCGUGAAGGGCUGGUGCAGGCGGCACCUCGUCCCGGACUGCCUCGUCCCGAAGGAGAAGCACGUCGCCUUUGACGACGACACGGGCAGUGUGCGACGGUACAGGCUCGAGCUGGACGAGGAGACGCCCGAGAAGUGCGACUUCAACUCGCGGAAGAGGGGUUGGUUUGGCUGGCGCCGAUCCAAGACGGCUUAA